AUGACAUCAAAAUCGCAACCACAGGAAACUUGCGCUACAACUCCCACGCCCACCCCACAAGAAUCACCACUCCUCCUCCUCCCAUCCGAACUCCGCAACCAAAUCUUCGCCCUCGUCCUCCAGCAGCACCCCCAAAUCGACCUCUUCGUCUCGCCAACAACGGGAGCAAAAGGAAAAACAACAACAACCCUGCGAGCCAGCCACCCCACACGCACCACCUGCAUCGGCCUCCUACGUACAUGUCGCCAAACGCAUGCCGAGACCAGCUUGCUGCUCUACGAACUAAACGUCUUUACCAUCCGAGCUACGCACUGCAUGCAUCUCAUUGCAUUCCUAGCGCGGCGAACGGCUGCGCAGAUCGACGUCAUGGCGGAAGUGCAAUGGAAGCCGGCUCUAGAUGUCACGGGGGUUUAUACGUGCUCUGCGACUGAAUGGUUGGAUAUGACUACAAGGGAGAUUGACCAGCUGGAACGAACUCGGCGCCAGCGAGAGAUUGAGGAGAGGAGGUUGAGCGCAAGGGCAAGAGGGAGGUUGUAUGGAUAUGAGGGAACGUGGCUUAACACAGUUAAAAUCACGGGACUAUAA